GUGCCCCGAGUCCUCUGCCCCCACCCGCACCUCCAGGGCGGGCGCUAGGGGUGCCGUCUGCUCCCAGAACCAGGUGGCCAGGCCGAGAUGGAUCCGCUCAGGGCCCAGCAGCUGGCGGCGGAGCUGGAGGUGGAGAUGAUGGCAGAUAUGUACAACAGGAUGACCAGCGCCUGCCACCGGAAGUGUGUGCCUCCCCACUACAAGGAAGCCGAGCUGUCCAAGGGCGAGUCCGUGUGCUUGGAUCGGUGCGUGUCUAAGUACUUGGACAUCCACGAGCGGAUGGGCAAAAAGCUGACGGAGCUGUCGAUGCAGGACGAGGAGCUGAUGAAGAGGGUGCAGCAGGGCUCUGGGCCUGCGUGAGCGAGCGCUCAGGCAGCUCACAGCCCACGGUGCACUCGGCCCCUUCCCACCUGGCUAAUCAGAGGGCCCCCGCGGGUGUUAUCUGUGAAGACUACCCAGAUCCGGCUUUCUGGAGAGUCCAGGAGCCUGGAGUGUGGUGGAGCUCUGUCCUGGGUGAAGAAGGAAUGUUUGUCACACUGGAAUGGGACUGUGUAUGUGUGUGUGUACAUAUAUAUAUAUUAAAACAAGCGUGACGACAGCCA